CAGAGCCGCGGUGCCACUUGGCAUAGAUUCUUCUUUUCUUUCGUGAUUUAUUGAUUUAAGCUCUUCUGUGCGUUCCAGCAAACCAGACCCGGUUAAUCAGACCGGAUUAAGCUUUUAUAUUAGAGUUUCGGGUGUCGGAUCUGUUUAUAAGAGGAGUAUUUGAGUGUUUGGGGGGUGAGUACAGAUCAGUUGCUGGUGUUUUGGUGGCUGUGAGCACAAUGGCGAAGAUCCAGUCUCACAACAGCAGCAGCACCACCACCAAACACCCGCUCAGCCCGCUCCAGGAGAAAGCCUUCACCCCUCUCAAACACCAGCAGCACUUCCAAAAGCUCAAGGUGGAAGAUGCGCUGUCGUACCUGGAUCAGGUUAAAAUCCGCUUUGCCAACGAUCCUGGGAUUUACAACAAGUUCCUGGACAUAAUGAAGGAGUUUAAGUCUCAGAGUAUUGAUACGCCAGGCGUGAUCAAUCGAGUGUCUCAGCUGUUCCACGGUCACCCGGAUCUCGUGCUGGGCUUCAACGCCUUCCUGCCCCCGGGCUAUCGGAUAGAAAUCCCCAAAAAUGGGAUGGCCUUCCUCCAGUCGCCUUUCACUGCACAGCAGGUUUCUCCAGGUAAAGCCAAGAGCGCCGAGUCGAGUUCCGCCCCCAGCGAGACCGUGGCGUCUCCUCAGAGCGUCUCCUCGUCGUCAGGAGCCCCAGAACCUCCCACCAGACUCGCCCUGCCCCUGCCCAGCCAGUCGCAGCCCGCCACCGCCUCCUCGUCGUCGCCGCCCGCCUCAGAAGCGAGUCCUGUAGAGUUCGACAGCGCCAUCAGCUACGUAAACAAGAUCAAAAGCAGGUUUCUGGACCAUCCUGAGAUCUACAGGUCGUUCCUGGAGAUCCUGCACACUUAUCAGAAGGAGCAGCUGGAGCUGAAGGAGAACAAGAGCAGAACGAGUGCUGGGAUGACGGAGGACGAGGUUUUCUCUAAAGUGGCCAGUCUCUUCAAGGGACAGGAGGACCUGCUCGCCGAGUUUGGACAGUUCCUUCCCGACGCCAAAAGAUCACUGUUUACUGGAGGAUCUUUGACCGGAAAGGACCCGAUGAAGAAGCCCGAGGAGGACGAGCUGAACAAACACACCAAGAAGAGACCACGCCCACUUCUCAUGCCUCACAUGACACCUUUGUUCAAGAAGAAGAUGAAGUUUUCCUGCUCCAAAGAUCAGUCCUUCGCCUCGGUGGGGAAACACGGAGUCCUUCGCGAGUUCACGUUCUUCGAUAAGGUUCGGCGUCUGUUCAAGAGUCAGGAGGUGUACGAGAACUUCCUGCGCUGCAUCGCCCUGUUCAACCAGGAGGUGGUGUCGGGGGCGGAGCUUCUGCAGCUGGUCACGCCCUUCCUCGGGAAGUUCCCGGAGCUGUACUCUCAGUUCAAGUCCUUCCUGGGGGAGAAGGAGCUCUCUCACUCCGUCUCGGGUCUGUCGGAGCGCUACAUGGAGGGGGGCGGGGCCAGGGAUGUGGACUACGCCUCCUGUAAGCGACUCGGCUCCAGUUACAGAGCCCUGCCCAAAACGUACCAGCAACCCAAAUGUAGCGGCAGAACCGCGCUGUGUAAAGAGGUGCUGAACGACACCUGGGUGUCUUUCCCGUCGUGGUCGGAGGACUCCACGUUCGUCAGCUCCAAGAAGACGCCGUACGAGGAGCAGCUCCAUCGCUGUGAGGACGAGAGGUUCGAGCUGGACGUGGUUCUGGAGACCAACCUGGCCACCAUCAGGGUUUUGGAGAGCGUGCAGAAGAAACUGACCCGCCUCUCGCCGGAGGACCAAGACCGCUUCCGAUUGGACGACUGCCUCGGCGGGACCUCCGAGGUCAUCCAGCGGCGUGCCGUGUACCGUAUCUACGGCGACAAAGCUCCGGAGAUCAUCGAGGGGCUGAAGAAGAACCCGGCUACCGCCGUUCCCGUGGUGCUGAAGAGACUGAAGGCCAAAGAGGAGGAGUGGAGAGAUGCUCAGCAGGGCUUCAAUAAGAUCUGGAGGGAGCAGUACGAGAAAGCCUACCUCAAAUCUCUGGACCAUCAGGGCGUCAACUUCAAACAGAACGACAUGAAGGCUCUGAGGUCCAAGAGUCUGCUGAACGAGAUCGAGAGCAUCUACGAUGAGCGUCAGGAGCAGAGCACGGAGGAGGGCGGCGUGGGUCAGCAGGGUCGCGAAGGAGCCGCGCCCGCAAGCGAACCUCACCUGAUCUUCACCUACAAGGACAAACAGAUCCUGGAGGACGCCGCGUCCCUCAUCAUCUACCACGUCAAGCGCCAGCCGACCAUCCACAAGGAGGACAAGGACCAGAUCAAGCGCAUCAUCCACCACUUCCUCCCGGACCUCUUCUUCGCCCGCCGGGGGGAGCUGAGCGAGACAGAGGAGUGGACGGACGAGGAGGCGGAGGCGGAGGACGGAGUGGCGGCGGUGGCGGCGGCGGCGAUGGCGGCGAUGACGGCGGCGGCGGCGACGACGGGCGCGCAACCCGAGGGGACGACGGAGCCCCCUCUUCCUCCUCCUCCUCCGACGACCCCCGGCGCCACGGAGGGAGGGGCCACGGAGGGAGGGGCCACGCCGUCCGGGACGCCGGCAAAUCCGCAGCAUUUGAACGGCGAGUCGAAGCGAAAGCGCUGCCCGUCGCCGCACAGCGCCGAACAGCAGGAGCAGCUGGACCUGCAGAAGGAGCAGGACGGCGUCUACAACCUGUUCUUCGUGAACAAUAACUGGUACUUCUUCCUGCGGCUGCACCAGACCCUGUGCUCGCGGCUGCUGCGGGUGUAUCGGCAGGCCGAACGCCAACUGCUGGAGCACAGGGCCGAGCAGAGCGCAGAGCGCCUCCUGGUGGCCGAGGGGCGCAGGGACAAAGCCACCGACCUGGCCAUGGAGCUGCGACUCAAGCAACCCAGCGAGGUGGAGCUGGAGGAGUACUACCCAGCGUUUUUGGACAUGGUGCGCAGUCUGCUGGACGGAAAUCUGGAUUCCAUACAGUACGAGGACACGCUGCGGGAGAUGUUCACCAUCCACGCCUACAUCGGCUUCACCAUCGAUAAAGUCAUCCAGAACAUCGUCCGGCAGCUGCAGCACCUGGUCAGCGACGAGGUGUGUGUACAGGUAGCCGAGCUGUAUUCGUGUGAGAGGAGGCGGGGGGCCACGGGGGGGAACCUCUCGUCCCAGUGCGUCCGGACGGCGUGGGAGACCAGCUACCAGUGGAAAGCCGAGAGAGUGAUGACCGAGGAGAACUGCUUCAAGGUGAUGUUCAUCCAGAAUAAAGGAGAAGUCACGAUGACCGUCGAGCUGCUGGAUACGGAAGAGGCUCAAGCCGAUGAUCCGCUGGACGUGCAGUGCCUCUCCAACUACAUGGAGCAGUUUGUCGGCGCAGAGUCCGCCUCGUGCACGCAAGCAGAAGGUUGCUACUUCAAGCCCGUGUUCCUGCCCAGGAACCUGCGUCAGUUCCGGCGCUGGCAGCUGAAGCAGGUGGAGGCGCUGCGCUGCAGGAGGGAACUCCGCGAUCAGCUCGGGGUGGAAAGUGCUGGAAACCUGGACUGCAGGUUCAAGCUCAACACGCACAAGAUGGUGUUCGUCAUGAACUCCGAGGACUACAUGUACCGCCGCGGCGCCUUGCACAAGGCCAAAAAGUCUCACUCUCGCGUGGUGCGACAGCAGCACGAGCGCUUCUCCCGCUGGCACAGCACGUGGCAGAGCGUCCACGUGGCCGGCGCCGCCGCCCGCUCCGUGCGCUCCUGGCUCCUGGGAGAGAACCCCGACGACCUGCUGCCCUGCAAAACCACCUGUGUGACGUCACAGGUGAAAGGUCAGACUGUCAACAGGUACCAGGUGCACUACAGCAAGGCUCCGGCGUCUCCGUGAUCCACGGCCUCCGGUCCCGCCCCUCUCUCCUCUCACACACGCGCGCACACACACACACACACACACGCAGAACGGACAGAGGCGGUGUCUGUGAUGUCACGGUGAUGUCAUCAUGCUGAGGACUUGAACAGCAGAUCAGAUGUGAAUGAAUGAGUGAUCUUUUUGUUUUGUUUUUUUACAAGUACAUUGUAGUUUUUAGAACGUGAAACCAGGCGGCCGUGUGUGUGUGUGUGUGUGUGUGUGUGUGUGUGUGUGUGUGUGUGUGUGUGUGUUCCCGCUAUAUGUGCACUUGACGGAAGUGACUAAAUGAAUGGGUGACUGACUGGGUGAGUGAGUGAGUGUGGUGACUGAGUGAGCUUUGCAGUUAAGUAUGUGAUUAAAUGAAUGAGUGAGGUGGUAAGUGACUGAGUGAGUGAGGCGGAUGAGUGAGGUGAGUGGUAAGUGACUGAUGAAUGAGUGAACGUGUGAUGAAUGAGUGAACGUGUGAUGAAUGAGUGAACGUGUGAUGGACGUGUGAUGAAUGAGUGAACGUGUGAUGAACGAGUGAUGAAUGAGUGAACGAGUGAUGAACAAGUGAUGAAUGAGUGAAUGAGUGAUGAGUGAUGAACGAGUGAUGAAUGAGUGAUGAAUGAGUGAUGAACAAGUGAUGAAUGAGUGAACGAGUGAUGAACAAGUGAUGAAUGAGUGAAUGAGUGAUGAAUGAGUGAACGUGUGAUGAAUGAGUGAUGAACGAGUGAUGAAUGAGUGAACGUGUGAUGAACGUGUGAUGAACGAGUGAUGAACGAGUGAUGAAUGAGUGAACGUGUGAUGAACGUGUGAUGAAUGAGUGAACGAGUGAUGAAUGAGUGAACGUGUGAUGAACGUGUGAUGAACGAGUGAUGAAUGAGUGAACGUGUGAUGAAUGAGUGAACGUGUGAUGAACAAGUGAUGAAUGAGUGAACGAGUGAUGAAUGAGUGAACGUGUGAUGAAUGAGUGAACGUGUGAUGAACAAGUGAUGAAUGAGUGAACGAGUGAUGAAUGAGUGAACGUGUGAUGAACGUGUGAUGAAUGAGUGAACGUGUGAUGAACGUGUGAUGAACGUGUGAUGAACGUGUGAUGAACGUGUGAUGAAUGAGUGAUGAACGAGUGAUGAAUGAGUGAACGUGUGAUGAAUGAGUGAACGUGUGAUGAACAAGUGAUGAAUGAGUGAACGAGUGAUGAAUGAGUGAACGUGUGAUGAAUGAGUGAACGUGUGAUGAACAAGUGAUGAAUGAGUGAACGAGUGAUGAACGAGUGAUGAAUGAGUGAACGUGUGAUGAACGUGUGAUGAAUGAGUGAUGAAUGAGGGAACGUGUGAUGAAUGAGUGAUGAAUGAGUGAACGUGUGAUGAAUGAGUGAACGCGCUCAGCUGGUGACUCGGACGGAGACCCUGUAUUAUUACUCAUGAUGUGAAUCAUGUCCUAUUUGGAGUGUUUGGCCAAAUCUUUACGUUUCUUUUGUUGUUGUUUUUUUGUUCGGUGUCAUUUUUACAUGUUAAAAACAUGAGAUGAUGAUGAUGAUGAUGAUGAUGAUGAUGAAGAGGAUGAUGAUGAAAUCUCAGCAGUGUUUUGCAGAGGAAUGUAUAACAUGGAUCCUGUAUCAGUUCUGUUGAAAUAAAACAACCCGGUUGUGCAGUUCUUACAAA